AAACCGAUUCCAGCGCGGUAGUUGAAAGCAUAUUCUUUUCGCUCCAUGCCAAUCUGCGGUUAGCAGCAGUCAGAAGUAAAAGUAACGUCACUAUCAAACGUGUUUAAAAAUAUAUUCAUUAUGUCAAAAACCAAGGAUCUUAGCAAGUUCUCGGCUGAAAAACUGCAAGAGUUUUUAACGUCUUUCGACAUAGUUCUAUCCGACAUCGAUGGAGUCGUGUGGCACUUAAAUAAUCCUAUUGAGGGUGGUUUCGAAUCUUUAGCAAUAUUACAAAAAUUGGGAAAGAAGAUAUAUCUAGUUACAAAUAAUAGCGAGAAUAAGGAUCAAACUUAUUGUGACAGAGCUCGAUGUGCUUGCUUGUAUUUGACUCCAGAUGAUAUAGUUAAUACUGUCAAAGUAAUUAUCUGGUAUUUGAAUAAAAUUGAUUUUCGUGACGAAGUUUUCGCCAUGGUUUCGGAUGAAUCACGGAAUGCUUUAAAAGAAGCAGGUAUACGAAUAAUAGAAGAGGAACCAAAAGUUUACGAUGGAAAACCAUCUUUAACCGUAAAAAGUGUCUUGGAUCGACCAUCCGUGAAAGCAGUAAUUUAUGAUUUUGAUAGUAAAUGCAAUUGGUCAAAACUAGCUUUGGCAAUAUCAUGCCUCAAACGUAAGGAUGUGUUGUAUAUAGCAGGGACAACGGAAGAAUGGUUACACGUAGAACCAGUACCUUCUAAACUAAAGAUCUUAGGUCCUGGACCGUUCGUGCAUUUUAUUAGCGCACAAAGCGGAAAAAAACCGAUUUUAUGUGCCAAACCCAGCGAAAUUUUAAAAGAUUAUGUUUUAAAUACAUGCAACGUGACCAAUCCACAAAGAUGUUUGUUCAUUGGUGACACGAUUAAUCAGGAUAUGAGAUUUGCCUCUAUGUGUGGAUUUAAAAAACUUUUGGUCGGUACAGGAAGUGAUACUCUGGAAGAGGCACAAAAAGACAUUGAUACUUAUCCUGAUUACUAUCUUCCUGCUUUGAGUCAACUAUUUUCCACACAUAAAGAUUUAGAAUUAUUAGGUACUGUCAAUCACAAAGAUAAUUAAUUGCAUAUUGUUAAAUUACAAAAGUAAUCUUACAUUAAGAUAAUAUCAGUUAGCACUCAAAUCGUGCGAUAACAAUUUAUUAUUUACAA